AUGGCUCUUGUACAAUUGUUGCAGCAAUGGUGCCAAGAGCUAAACAAAACAACACCACUCACCACUCUCUUUGUUUACUCCCUUCUCCUCCUCUUUCCUCUCCUCUUUCUGCUUAAACUUAAUAGCGGCAGAACCAAACUCAACUUACCCCCUUCUCCUCCCAAGCUACCUAUAAUCGGCCACCUCCACCGGCUAGGGACACUACCUCACCGGUCUCUCCGAGCCCUAGCAACCGAGUAUGGUCCCUUAAUGUUGUUACAGUUAGGCCAUGUUCCGACCCUCGUGGUCACGUCUCCUGAGAUGGCCAAAGAGAUCAUGAAAACCCAAGACACAGUUUUUCUAAAUAGGUCCAAAUCAUGGGCUGCUGAUACUUUCUUUUAUGGAAGCAAAGACAUUGGGUUUUCCCCACAUGGUGAGUAUUGGAGAAUAGUGAGAAAGGUGUGUGUUUCCGAGUUUUGGAUCCUCAACAAAGUCCACUCUUUUAAAUUUGUUAGGGAGGAAGAAGUGAGAGAAAUGAUUGAGAAGAUAACUAGUGCCAGUAUUGAUAGAGCUACAGUCAAUAUUGGAGAUUUGAUGGUUAAGAUCACGAGCAACAUCAUUUCAAGAUGUGUUCUUGGUAGGAAGUAUGAGCAAGGACUAGAAGACGGCAAGAGAAGCUUCGGAGAGUUGUCAAAGACAUCAAUGCAGCUCGUAGGGUCUUUCUGCUUCCGAGACACUUUCCCUUCUCUAGGAUGGAUGGAUGUUCUUACUGGCUUGGCUAAAAGAAUGAAGGAGACUUUUGAAGGUUUUGAUGAAUUCCUAGACCAGGUGAUUGAAGAACAUAGAAAUUCACAAGGCAAGUAUGAUCAGCCUGAUAGGGAAUGCUUUAUGGGGACUUUGCUCCGUCUACAGAGAGAAGGCACACUAGAGAUCAAUCUCACUCAAAACGACACUAAAGCAAUCCUACAGGAUAUGUUUGUUGGUGGAACCGAUACAAUUGCAACAGUCAUGGAAUGGGCAAUGGCAGAGCUGGUGAAACAGCCAACUUUGUUAAAGAAAGCCCAAGAAGAGAUAAGAAGAGUAGUGGGAAAGAAGUGUAAGGUGGGUGAAGAAGAUAUCAAUCAAAUGGAUUACUUGAAAUGUGUCAUUAAAGAGUCUCUAAGACUACAUGCCCCUGCUCCUUUCCUAAACCCUAGAGAAUCAUCUACAAGUGUGAAAUUGGCUGGUUAUGACAUACCUCCCAAAACAAGAGUAUUCAUCAAUGCAUGGGCUAUUCAAAGGGACCCCAAAUUAUGGGACAAGCCAGAAGAGUUCGUGCCAGAGAGAUUUGUUAACAACCCUAUUGAUUUUAAAGGUCAUGACUUCCAAUUCAUCCCAUUUGGUGCUGGCAAGAGGGGUUGUCCUGGGACAUUGUUUGGGGUCACAGAAGUUGAAUAUGUGCUUGCCAAUCUCUUGUACUGGUUCAACUGGGAAUUGCCAAGUGGUGCAAGUAAGGAGGAUUUGGACAUGAGUGAGGCUUAUGGGCUAGUUGUUCACAAGAAAACUCCUCUCCAACUUGUUCCAGUACUGCACUCUUCUUAAAGUUGGUUGUAGAUGAUCAAUCAUUUCCCUUCUUUGUAUGGGCUUAUCAUGAAUUGAUUCUGUACUUAUUAACUAUAAAUGUGUUUGAAUAAAUGGGAAGGAAAGGGAAAUGAAGGAUGUACAAUAAAUAAAAUGAG